CUCGUACUCCUAUAUGACCCAUUUCAUUUAAAUAUGUAACAGCGAAUCUACACUUCUUAGUGCCGAUUGUAUUAGAGAUCUGAAAUAAAAAAUAUGGUAUGGUGGGAUUUAUUGAUUCCCGAGAAAACCUCGACUGAAGUAUUUGCCAGGGUGUUCUUCCUAUAUACACCCUGCAGUUACCUGCUUUACUUCACUUCAUUGUUUCUUUCCACGAAUUUUGCACGUUUUGGUUUGCUGAAGAAAACAAUAAAUGCCCAGUGUAUCGAUUUUCUGCAUUGAUGUUUGGAUCACUUGAAAACCUUUCUCUUUUUUUGAAAUCUUUGAAGUUGUAGAAGCAAACCGGUUGAGCUACUUGUUUUUCAUGCACAAAAUACGACUCUGGGAAUAGGAUUUCCGGGGUCCAGCUAAAUCAUCUCUUUGGUUUUGCUAUGAUCACUCUCCUCUUGCUUCUUCAGUAGUUCGUCGGUCUUCACUUGCUAACUCUCUGUUUCCUUUAUCCUCUGUUACUGCACUGGAGUUUUAUUUGCGAAAGAGAUGGCAUACAUAUUGAGUGUUUUUGCAGUGAGGAACUUGCUGGUUUUGUCACUGGCUCUGAAUGUGAGUUUAAUUUUGAGGGUCCUGCUUUUGCAUGAUUCUCAAGAUGGGAGCUUUAAUGGCUUCUUUUUUGCGGAGCAGAAGGAAGAGGCGCUUGCUACCAAAAUAACACGUCUCUCUUCCUCUGUUGCACCAUCGUCGUCUCUUACGAUGGCUCAAGGCGACGAAGACAGGGUUAUCAACCUCGAUCAUGGCGAUCCGACAAUGUACGAAAGCUAUUGGCAAAAGAAGGGGGAUGAGACCACCGUUGUUAUUCCUGGAUGGCAGUUCAUGAGCUACUUUUCGGAUGCCACUAGACUUUGCUGGUUCUUAGAGCCUGAAUUUGCAAAACAAAUUGUCAGAUUACACAAUGUGGUCGGAAAUGCAGUGACGGAGAACCGGCACAUCGUUGUUGGGACGGGUUCAACGCAACUCUUCCAAGCUGCACUCUACGCACUGUCGCCCUGCGCUGAGGCAGAGCCCAUUAGUGUGGUUUCAGCAGCCCCUUAUUAUUCUUCCUAUCCUUUGAUUACUGACUGCCUCAAGUCUAGGUUAUAUAAGUGGGCAGGUGAUGCCCGGAGCUUUAGUAAAAAUGGCCCUUACAUUGAACUCGUUACCUCCCCCAACAAUCCUGAUGGAUUCGCAAGGCGCUCUGUCGUCAACGGUAGUGAGGGGAUAUUAAUUCAUGAUCUUGCCUAUUAUUGGCCACAAUAUACUCCGAUAUCCUCUCCGGCUAACUAUGAUUUGAUGCUAUUCACUGUGUCCAAGAGCACCGGUCAUGCUGGGAUGCGCAUUGGGUGGGCUCUUGUUAAAGAUGAGGAUGUUGCAAGAAAAAUGACAAAGUACAUAGAGAUCAACACCAUUGGUGUGUCCAAGGAUUCGCAGGUCAGAGCAGCCAAAGUUUUGAAAGUUAUAUCGGACAACAGUGAAGGACCAAAUGAAGGCGAUUCCUUCUUCGAGUUCAGCUACCGUGUUAUGGCCAAGAGGUGGAAGCAAUUGAGAGAGGCAGUGCAACAGAGUGGGCUAUUUAGCGUGUCAGACUUCCCUCCCCAGCUUUGCAUGUUUCUCAACAGGGUCUUCGAGCCUCAACCGGCAUUCGCAUGGAUAAAGUGCGAAGGAGAUAUCGAGGAUUGCGAAAGCUUCCUUCGAGGGAAGAAGAUCCUGACGAGGGGUGGGAAGCACUUUGGGGUUAGCCCUAAGUAUGUCCGGAUAAGUAUGUUGGAUCGAGACAAAAAUUAUGAAACCUUUGUACGAAGGUUGUCUACCAUCCGGUCCUGACAUUCAAGACUCCUCUGUAAGCAUAACAGAGGGAAAUGGGGAGUUAUAAUUCUUUUGUAUAUUGGCCAGCAAAAGAAGUAAUAGAUUAUUUUUCUUCAUUAA